CGGAUUUUAUUGAAAUCACAGCUGUUCACUCACAAUGUCGGGCCAACAAGAUAAUGCACCUCCUUCCUCCGCUACGAAUGCGGUCCUUGUCGCCUCGGAACCUGUUCCUGAGGGGACUCACAAGGUCAGCGGGGUAGACUUUGAAAAGUACCAAGGCCGCGAUAUUACUGUUGCUGAAAUGGUCGACAAUAUGAAGCACAUGGGUUUUCAGAGUAGCGCUGUUGCUGAUGCAGCACGCAUCAUCAAUGAGAUGCGCGCCUAUCGGCAUCCUGAAACCGGCGACAAAACCACUAUCUUCCUCGGCUACACAUCCAACCUAAUCUCGUCGGGCCUGCGAGACACUAUCCGUUAUCUAGUCCGCCAUCGCCAUGUUUCCGCCAUUGUUACCACUGCUGGUGGGGUUGAAGAGGAUUUGAUCAAAUGUCUAGCUCCCACGUAUAUGGGAAGCUUCACGGCUCCAGGCGCCGGUCUUCGAGCGAAAGGCCUUAAUAGGAUUGGCAAUCUCAUUGUUCCCAAUAGCAACUAUUGUUCGUUUGAGGACUGGUUGGUACCUAUCUUGGACAAAAUGUUGGAGGAGCAAGAGGCGGCCAACAAGAAGGCCCGCGAGACUGGGAACGAGGAGGAUGAGUUGCACUGGACACCGAGCCGUAUAAUCGAACGUCUAGGUCGCGAGAUCAACCACGAGGACUCAGUGCUAUACUGGGCUGCCAAGAAUAACAUUCCUAUUUUCUGUCCGGCCCUCACUGACGGCUCGUUGGGUGACAUGCUCUACUUCCACACUUUCCGCGCAUCCCCCCUCCGACUUCGAGUCGAUAUCGUCGAUGAUCUGCGUCGUAUUAAUACGAUGGCCGUACGAGCGGCCCGCGCUGGAAUGAUUAUCCUCGGGGGAGGUAUUGUCAAACAUCACAUAGCCAAUGCUUGUUUGAUGCGGAACGGUGCGGAACAUGCCGUCUAUAUUAAUACUGCACAGGAAUUCGAUGGGAGCGAUGCUGGCGCUCGUCCGGAUGAGGCCCCACCUUUGCACGAGCAGGACAACAAAGUCCCGCUGAAGAGGAAUCCCACAAUUGACAACGAUAAUGCCCAGCAAAUCGACUCCACCCAGUCCGCCGAGCAUCCUCGGCACACGUUCGGCAUUCGUUCGCCAGGUAGCGAACGAACUUCCAGAAAAGCCGGAGUGGGAACUGCGCGGGAGCAGAACCAGAGAUAAGCCUCAGGAACAAAAUUUUCCACUCAACAGAAACGCGAUAGCAUUUCGUCCCGAACUCCGGUCUGGAGCCAGGAGCGCAGACUCGGCAGAGGGGGAGGGGAAGAGGCAAAGUUUCCGGUGGGCGGGCAGCUGCUGGAUGACGAAUCAGAGGGUCUGAUGCAGGAAAUCGAUCGGUUGAGUGGGCUGUUCAGUGGGUUCCAAUGAUCGCCACGCCUUGACGGGGCCGACAACACGAAUGGCAUUUAGCUCGAUUUGCACUCGUUGUCACGGACCAGACAAUCAGUUUCCAACUGGGAACAAAAGCAAAGAUACGUUGGCAGAAGCGAGUGGGGGUGCCCCUUUCACCGCGGCCUUUCGGCAGCUCUCGCAUAGAGCCAGGGAAUUCUCAAGAGAGAUAGGGGCUGGUGGCGAAAGAUACGUACUCCAUAGAGCGGCCAGACCAG